AUGUAUUUAUUGAAUAUGGGGCGCGUCAUCCUGCUGACCCUCGCGGUCAUGUCAAUGCUGCUGUGCCAGGGCUUCUGUUCGGGAGUUUUCGAACUCAGGCUGCAGGAGUUUCUCAACAAGAAGGGGGUGCAGGGCAACAAAAACUGCUGCAAGGGGGGCCUGGCGUCGUCUUUCCAGCAGCAGUGCGAAUGUAAGACCUUCUUCAGGAUCUGCCUGAAGCACUAUCAGCCCAACGCCUCCCCGGAGCCCCCCUGCACCUACGGCGGCGCCGUGACCCCCGUCCUGGGCUCCAACUCGUUCCAGGUCCCCGACGUCAUCCCGGAGAGCGCCUUCUCCAACCCCAUCCGGAUUAACUUUGGCUUCACGUGGCCGGGGGGGGCGAAUUGGCGCCAUUUGCGCUCGGAUGUGAAGUUCGUGCGUAAAAUGCGCAGCGGUGCGUUUUCGCGGCCGCCGCUGAGGGCGGAACGGCGCACAAAGCCGGCGGGGUGUUCGGUUUCGGCCGGGACCUUCUCGCUGAUCAUUGAAGCGUUACACACCGAUUCCAAAGACGACCUCUCUACAGAGAACCCGGAGCGGGUCAUCAGCACCAUGACCACGCAGAGGCACUUGACCGUGGGGGAAGAGUGGUCCCAGGAUCUGCACACGGCCGGGAGGACCGAGCUCAAGUACGCCUACCGGUUCGUGUGCGACGAGCACUACUACGGCGACGGCUGCUCGGUCUUCUGCCGGCCCAGAGACGACGCCUUCGGCCACUUCACCUGCGGCGAGCGCGGGGAGAUCGUGUGCGACGCCGGGUGGAAGGGACAGUACUGCACGGAGCCGAUCUGUCUGCCGGGGUGCGACGAGGAACAUGGCUUCUGUGAGAAACCAGGAGAGUGCAAGUGCAGGGUGGGAUUCAAAGGCCGCUACUGCGACGAGUGCAUCCGCUACCCGGGCUGCCUCCACGGGACCUGCCAGCAGCCCUGGCAGUGCAACUGCCAGGAGGGCUGGGGGGGGCUCUUCUGCAACCAAGACCUCAACUACUGCACCCACCACAAGCCCUGCAUGAAUGGAGCCACUUGUAGCAACACGGGUCAGGGCAGCUACACCUGUUCCUGCAGGCCGGGCUUUUCGGGGGCCAGCUGCGAGAUCAAGGUCAGCGGAUGUGCCGGAAGCCCCUGCCGAAACGGGGGGAGCUGCACGGAUCAAGAAAACACCUACACCUGCACGUGCCCCCACGGUUUCUACGGCAACAACUGCGAGCUGAGCGCCAUGACGUGCGCCGAUGGGCCCUGCUCCAACGGCGGCCGCUGCGCCGACAACCCCGACGGCGGCUACUUCUGCCAGUGCCCCACGGGCUACGCCGGCUUCAACUGCGAGAAGAAGAUCGACCACUGCACCUCCAGCCCCUGCUCCAACGGGGCGCGCUGCGUGGAUCUGGUCAACUCGUACUUGUGCCAGUGCCCCGAGGGCUUCACGGGCAUGAACUGCGACCACUCCGGGGACGAGUGCUCGGGCUACCCCUGCCAGAACGGCGCCACGUGCACGGAGGGCCCCGACGGCUACGCCUGCGCCUGCCCACCGGGCUACACCGGCCGCAACUGCAGCUCCCCCAUCGGCCGCUGCGAGCACAACCCCUGCCACAACGGCGCCACCUGCCACGAGCGGAACGGCCGCUACGUGUGCGCCUGCGUGCCGGGCUACGGCGGCCGCAACUGCCAGUUCCUGCUGCCGGAGCACGCCGCCAUCCGGGGCUCCGAGGUGCCCUGGAUGGCCAUCGGCUCGGGCGUGGCGCUGGUGCUGCUGCUGCUGGCCGGCUGCGCCGUGCUGGUGGGCUUCGUCCGCUCCAAGGUCCGGCUGGAGGAGCAGGCGGAGGCCGGCGGGGAGGGGGAGACCAUCAACAACCUGACCAACAACCGCCAGCGCGGCGACAGGGACCCGGCCGCCGGGCCCACGCCCGCCCCCAAAAACAUCAACAAGAAGAUGGACUUCUGCGCUGGUAGUGGUGGCGGCGACCCCGACGAGGGCUCCUCCCCGGGUAGGAGCGGAUACAAGAGCCGCCCACCCCCCGCCGACUACAACCUCGUGCACGAGGCCAACUACGAGCAGGCGGCCAAAGAGGCCAUGCUGGAGGCGGCCUGCCAGGACAAGUGCCAACCACAGGACUCCUUCGAGUUUGAGGAGAAACGUAGCAAACGCUUAAAAUGCGACGCGUCAGAAAACAAAGCCCCAGAACUGUCUGCAUGUGCGGACACCAAGUACAAAUCUGUGUUUGUGAUGUCGGAGGAGAAGGAUGAAUGUAUAAUUGCAACUGAGGUAAGACCCGCUCGUAUCUCGGGGGAGGUGUCCCGCCUUGAGACUGCUGCUGAUACUGAGACGUUUAACUGA